AUAUAUUACGUAUUGGUAGGUAGGACGAGGUCGGUGGUGCUAGGCUCUCUCCCCGGGGCCCACAGUGGUAAGCGACGAAAAAUAAAAGCUCUCUCUCCCCACCUCACGCACACACACACACGCGUACGUACGUCUAUACAAUUUAGUAUUACCGUAUUACGCGCGCGCGCUCUCUAACACACACACACACACACACACAUUCACAUACGACGUUCAUACCCGACCGAAACGGACCAACUCGCACCGAAGUCCGUGAUCGUUUCAUAUUUCGACGACUAGGCCACACACUAUUGCUGUCCACUACAGCUCUAUUAGAAAUUAAUAUCUCUGCAGUAUUUCACCGUCAACAUGGGUAACGAAAACUCACUGCCGAUGGAGCUGUGCUCAAACUUCGAUGCCGAUGAGAUCAGACGUUUGGGAAAACGGUUUCGUAAACUCGAUCUGGACAACUCCGGUGCUUUGAGUCUAGACGAGUUUCUAUCACUGCCCGAGCUUCAACAAAACCCGCUCGUUCAAAGAGUUAUAGACAUAUUCGACGAAGAUGGCAACGGUGAAGUGGACUUCAAAGAGUUUAUUCAAGGAGUGUCUCAAUUCAGCGUUAAGGGAGACAAAGAAUCAAAGUUGCGGUUUGCGUUUCGAAUCUAUGAUAUGGAUAACGAUGGCUACAUAUCAAAUGGUGAAUUAUUUCAAGUUUUGAAAAUGAUGGUUGGAAAUAAUUUAAAAGAUACUCAGCUUCAGCAAAUUGUUGACAAAACUAUAUUGUUUGCGGAUAAAGAUGAAGAUGGCAAGAUUAAUUUUGAAGAGUUCUGCUCUGUCGUUGGCAAUACAGAUAUACACAAAAAGAUGGUUGUUGAUGUUUAAAUUGUAAGUUUUAUUCAACUUGAGUUAAUGUUAACAGUAAAAAAACAAUUCACGUUUAUAUACAUAUAUAUACAUAUUAUCUCAUCUCCCUAUAAAAUUUUUUUUAGUAAUCUUCCGGCAUUGUGAUACGUUAUUAAUCUUGGUUACUGAAAAUUUGUUCUCACAAUUGCUUUUUUCUUUAUACUAAGCACUGUUUAUCUUCCUUCUAAAUCAUGUAUAAUACAUACAAUCAAAAACACAAAUAUACAUAUUUUAUAUUUAUAUAUAUAUAUAAACAAUAAACAUACACAUGUCACUGCAUACAUAUAAUGUAUUAUACAAAUAAAUAAUUAUUGUUAUAUUCUUAAUUAGUUUUAUCAAGUCUAUGUAUUAAAUUUUUUUUUUUUUUUAACGAGAAAGAGUUGUAAAUUAAAAGUUAUACUAUUGAAUAACUCUGUUCUGAUAAAUUCUUAUCAACAGAAUAAUUCAUAAAAUCUCUAUGUAUAAUUAUUAAUUACUAUUUCAGUUGGCACUGAACAAUGAAAGAAAACCUUAAUAAUUAUAGUUUUUCAAUAUUUAUUUAUUUUUUUUUGUUAUGUUGAUCUUUGUACUAUAUUUAUUACUAUUAUUUUAUUUAUAAAUGUUUAAUGAAAAAAUAAAUGAGAAUAAAUUUAUUUUUUUCUAACUACUAGAAAUUCGAUUUGGUAUAAUAUUUUAUUGAAGAUAUUUCGACUUUUUUAAAUAAAAUCUUUUAAUAAAGAAUUUAUUUAAUUAUUUAAAAUGAUGCCAAGUAAAAUUUAAUUGGAUAACAUUUAUUAAUCAAAUUCCUAAAACAAAAAGAGUUAAGCUUAAAAUGUUUGUUUUAAUAUUAUUAACAUUAAAAUGUAAGUGCCAAUAGUAUUCAAACAAAAAUAAAAAUUAACAGUCUAGUCAAGUGUUUGAAUUUUUCAGAUUUAAUGCACAUCAUUAAUUUCUUAGUUAAUUCACUUUUUACAAGCAUAAUUUAAAUUACGAUAAAUACACAAUGCAUAAUAUACCAAAUGUUAUCAUUGGAUGACUAUAAUUAAUAUAAAUUUUUAUUUUAAAGCUAUUUUGAUUUGUAAAAUAACACACACAUAUAUAUACAUAUAAUAUAUACAGGCAGUCAGUACCUAUCUAUAUUAUAUUUAUUCUACAAUAAAAAUAUACAAAACAAUUUGUAGACCUGUUUAAAUUUUUGUCAUAUUUUUUUUUUACUUUAAAUUAAAAUGUUUAUUAUUAUAAUUUAAAAAAAAUUUGAUUAUACUUAUUUAUUGUUUAUAUAUUUAUAUUUAACUUACACUGUUACCUUUGAAGUAUGGUUAGUACUUGUAUAUUUAAAUAAUUAAAAAUCUUGGUAUCUAUAAAUAAAUGAGACUUCUAUGUUCAUAUUCUGUAUUACUUAGUAAAUUAAUUUUUUUUUUUUUUGUCAAAUUGAAUAUAAUAUACUUGUCUUAACAUAUUUGUUUUUUAUUUUUAUUAUCUUUAAUAAAUGUUUAUCAUUUAUUAAUUAUUAUGUAGAUAAAUCCCUAAUUUAUAUCUAAAAUAAAUCAUCUAUUUGCUGUA